UUAUUUAAUAGAUAAGAUUAAACAUUGCUCAAUUUAUUAAACGAUCAUCGUCGUCGCUGCGGAGAAAAAUCGAAAUCGAAAUCGAUGUGGACGCACUCGUUUCGUUGAAGCAGACAAUUUGAAGAAGAAGAAGAAGAACGAAGAACGAAGAUGGAUCCGGAGCAGACGUUUAUAAGGGUUCAGGAGAGGUUUUCACAGAUCUUAAAUCCAAGGAUUAGGGCUUUGUUAGAGUAUACGUUCCUCUUCGUCGCCAUCACUUUGUUCUCCAUCCUUGUCGUUAUGCACGCCAACUAUGUUCAGCAGCCUGGUUGUUCAAGUGAGCUGACUGGAGUAGAGUUAUCUGAAGCAGAGCUUUUACAAAUCAAGAUAACAAGCGCGGGGUUGUGGUCACGUACUGAUGAAAGUACCGCUGCUCAUGUUCCUCAAGUUGAAGCUUCAGCUGACAACUUAGAACAAGUCUCAAAGAAUGAUCAAGAAAGCUGUCCUAGUGAAGAGAAUGCUGAUGAUACAUUUGUCAAAAUUGACAAGGAAGAGCCCCGGAGUAGUUUCUCCGUGUCUGCAAAAGAGACUGUCAGAGCAGCUAUUCUUCGCUUUCCCAAAAAGUUUUAUAGGCGCAUAUCUUUCGUUUUGCAGCAUACAGCACGGUUCCUCAGUGGUGUUAGAAAAAUAUGGAACGUUAUUGCCAUACCGCUGAAUCUUAAUUUGCCCAAAUUGUUUCAUGUGCUGUAUAUGGAUAAGGUCAACUACUAUGCAGUUCAAUGGCUUGAGAGAAGAACUCAAGAGUUUGAGCCAACAUAUCUAUAUACUAUGGAAAAGGGUUACUUUUUGCUGCCUGAUGAAGCAAAGUCACGGCAUAACAUUCGCACUGCAAAUGUAAGCAUAUCAGCACGGCAUCCCUGCUUUGGCAACAGGUGGCAGCAACUUACUAUAAACAGAGUUGUAGGAUAUGAUACAAUUAUAAUGAAUAGCUUGCAGAACUCUGCUGGUCAAGGUUACAUGUACAACUUUCAGACAAGAGAGUUUUACAAUCUUAGUUACUCCCAAGAGCUUUCUGAAGGUUCUUCGCAAUUUGGAGAUUACUUGGUGACAAAAUGUGGUGUCCUUAUGAUGUCUCUGUUUGUGUUUUUCACAACCACAAUGUCUGUGUCAUUCACUUUGCGAGAGACACAAACUCGCAUGUUGAAGUUCACAGUGCAGCUUCAACACCAUGCUCAGCAUCGGUUACCAACGUUUCAGUUGAUCUUUGUGCACGUGAUUGAAUCCCUCGUCUUUGUCCCGAUAAUGAUUGGGAUUCUCUUCUUCCUGUUUGAGUUUUACGACGAUCAGCUAUUAGCUUUCAUGGUCCUAGUUCUUGUCUGGCUAUGCGAAUUAUUCACCCUGAUAAGUGUUAGGACACCAAUAUCGAUGAAGUUCUUCCCGCGUUUCUUUUUGCUCUACUUCUUGGUGUUCCACAUUUAUUUCUUCUCGUAUGCAUAUGGUUUUUCUUAUCUAGCGCUAAUGACAACCGCUGCAUUCAUGCAACACUUGAUUUUGUAUUUCUGGAACCGUUUUGAGGUACCGGCACUUGAGAGGUUCCUUCAAAGCCGACAGUCGCAUCUUCACCAACAUCCAGACUUCCACAUCACUUCCUCAACAAUCCUAGCGUCAACUCUUCACAUCACAAGGCUGAACAGAACAACAAGAAACCAAGCUCCGUCUGGUCCAAACAACCCAACCCCAAACCAAAACACUGAAUCAAGAUCUCCAGCAGCAGUAGCGGAUGCAGGAGACGAGAAUCAAAUGCAAAAUCAACCGCAAGAAGUGAACACAGCAAACGCCAUUCCUGUAGAGCCUAAUCCGCACGCAGGCGCUAUGAGCUCGUUCAGCUCGAUGUUACUACGGAUUUUAGGCGGUGCUUCCUCAGAAGGAUUUAACUCGUUUCUCUCGAUGUUUAGGGAUGUGAGAGAUGAAGAUGAAGCUCAAGUGUUCGCAGAUACUUCCCCUCCGAACCCUCAUCAUGAUACUCUUUUAGUGGACUAAAUGUAUUCCUUUGUUUGCUGUAUAUCGUUUUUUUUGUUGUUCUGGUUUUCUGUUCCUUGUUGCUUGUAUAGUCCAGUGGCCAGAGAAACAAGCAUUUGGGAUACAAAACAGAGAGGCUUGAUAAAGAAAUGGUAAAACGGUUGGUAAAGAAUUUAUGACACUGUUUUGGAGAAAAUGAGCUUUUAUGUAAGUA